GGUCUCAGAGUGGAUCAUCUCUCUGCAGUGGGCUUGGGACCCAUGCCUUGCGCUGGCGCCGGCGGAGAGGAGGACUGAAGGCGGAGCUGAAGGGCUGCAGCAGGAGGAGGAGAAGCAGGAGGCUGCUGCCUUCAAGGGCCAGGGAGCAAGCAAGCCAGGGAGGACCAAGGAGCCUCAUCCCCUGCUGCCUGCCGCUGGAGGGAUGGAGGCCUGAGGGGCAGGAGGCUGGGAGGGGGGGGGGGUCCCUGGCUGGCUGGCCAUGCUCUUGCUGGGCCUGAGCCCCGCCUGGUCCCUCUCCCUGGAGAGCCCUGCCGCCAGGGAGGCUCUGCUGCUGGGCUCCGGAGCCGGAUGCUGCGGCUGGUCCCUGGCCCUCUGCUGCGCCGCCGCCGCCUACGCCGCCUAUUACUACCUCCGCACCAUCGCCAAGCUAUGGAGAGAUGUCAUCUCAGCAGAAAUUUGAUGCCCAGUAAACCUCAGCUGGUGACUGGCAGUGAAAGCUUCUGCCGCUUCUUACAGGACCACUGCCCUGUUGUGACAGAAACAUACUAUCCCACUGUGUGGUGCUGGGAGGGCCGUGUACAAACUCUCAUUCGGCCUUUCAUCACAGAUCGACCCUAUGUGCAAUAUAGGAAUGAGCUUAUCACUGCAGCAGAUGGAGGACAGAUUUCCCUGGAUUGGUUUGAUAAUCAUGACAGUGUACCUUACCCAGAUUCCAACAGCAGACCCACCAUCCUUUUGUUGCCAGGCCUCACAGGAACAAGCAAGGAAUCUUACAUUCUCCAUAUGAUUCAGCAGAGCAAAACUUUGGGAUACAGGUGUGUGGUCUUAAACUAUCGAGGAAUUGCUGGUGAAAAUCUCUUGACACCAAGGACUUACUGUGCUGCUAAUACAGAAGAUUUGGAAACUGCUGUUAAUUAUGUACACAAUUUGUACUCCUCAGCUGCACUAAUGGCAUCAGGUGUUUCCAUGGGAGGGAUGCUUCUCUUAAAUUAUCUGGGCAAAACAGGCAGAGAAACACCACUGAAAGCAGCUGUAAUUUUUUCAGCUGGAUGGAAUGUUUUUGCAUCUGCAGAUUCACUGGAAAAACCAGUGAAUUGGCUUCUCUUCAAUUACUAUUUAACCACCUGUUUGCAAUCUUCACUUAUUAGACAUAGGCGUAUGUUUGACAAGUUAUUUGAUAUGAAUCUUGUCAUGAAGGCUAAGACCAUUAGAGAAUUUGACAAACAGUUCACCUCUGUCAUGUUUGGCUAUCCUACACUUGAAGAUUACUAUGCAGAUGCUAGUCCAUAUCGAAGACUGAAAAGAAUUGGCAUUCCAGUGUUGUGCUUAAAUUCUCUAGAUGAUGUCUUCUCACCAGAUCAUGCCAUACCAGUAGCCAUUGCAAAACAAAAUCCCAAUGUAGCUUUGAUCCUUACUUCUUAUGGAGGCCAUAUUGGUUUUCUAGAAGGACUGUGGCCAAGAAAGUGCACAUACAUGGACAGAGUCUUCAAGCAAUUUGUUCAAGCUGUGUUUGAGCAUGGAAGCAAAAUCUUUAAUCUAUAGCAAUUUUUCAGAGCCAUGACUACAGCACAUUGACAUAUGAUCAGGGUAAUUAUGCUUAAUGCACAUAAUUUAGCAAAUAAGCCAGCAAAUGGGCAGAAACCCAUACAAUUUUGCUUAAAUACUUUGCAAUAGCACUAUGUUCUUUUUAAAAAAUAAUCUGUAAGUAUGACCUUAGAGAAAAAAAACACCCUGGUGGUGGUGGGGAAAUGUUUUAAGGCUAGAUAAUUAAACUGACAGUGAAGGGGUCUUAACAGUAAGAACUGAACAGACUAUUGACUCCUGCCUAGUUGGAUUGGCAUGCAGGGAUUAACCCAGUCAUGGUGCAUUGCUGCUCCUGCCAUCCCAGAAUGACCAGUCACAGUAAAUCCAACCUUUCAUUUAGCAAAUAAGCUAAAUAAACUCUUAUGUAGCAAAUAAAUAGAUAAAAACUCUAUUGGGAGAAAAUAUUCCCAAAGUUUUGCUUAAAUACUUUGCAAUAUUACUACUGUUCUGUUUUUAUUUCAAUAUGCCUUCUAAGAAUGACCUUAAAAAGCAAUCUGUACACAUUAAAUUGCACUUAACUAAAACCUUUAAGUAAACAGAAGAUAAUUACUCAGGUUUUUUUUUAAUUUAGAUAACUGACAUUUAGGAAUUUUGCAUUAGAUUACUUGUUCUCAUGCACUUAAAAUUCAGAAACAAUUACAUUGUAAGUGGGCUUCUAAGAGCACUGAGGAAGAAAAUGGUGUAGAAUUUUAAACAAAGAAUUUAAAAGCCAUCUUUUAGCCAUGGACUGCAGGAGCAUUCCUGAAUUUUGCACUUGUUAUAAAUGGUGGGUAUUAUAUAUACAGCUUUUUUGUUUUUGUUAAUACCAUAUAUGUCUUAAUUUUUUAACAUUGCUAGUUAACUUCUAACAUUUAUAUUUAUACCAGAUAUUUUAUGUGGCAAUACAGAAUGGAAAUAAAGUACAUUUUCAAAUUAA